AACCGUAGAUAGAAUAACAAGAAGAAAGGAUGGUAUUUAGAUAGAAAGAUCGGCGGAUGAAGGGGAGAGAGUCUGCAGAUCUCAAUCCUCUCCCACAAAAUCACAUUCCUAAUACUGUUGAUCUGGAGGAUCAGAAGGCAACUUUCUGUGGCACAAAGUUGAACCGUGCGGCCUUCAACUCUGUGCUUCGCCUUGGCUGACUGCCUCUCGCGGCAUGGCCCUUGCAACAUAAAUGCACGUAAUUUUCCUCCUCUCCUUCCUUGUCUCUGUUUUAUUUAGCACGAGCUCAACCUGAUCUUCACCUGAGUCGAUCAUUGAUCGAGAGCACUAAUGCUGAUGCCUUGGUCUGGGAUGCUUCGUAUGGUCUUACUAGGGUUAGGAUCUCGUGUUCUGCUGUGUUGGGCACCUCCUCCUGCCGUCCCCAGCGAUGAGAUUAUGGAGAAUCUGGGCUUUCCUUACAAAAUUACCUACCAAACCAAACAAACAGGCGAGCGUGAAAUGCCGUGAUGUCUUCGCAAGCUUCGGUUUUGGGACCCCAUGGGCUCGUGCAUGAAAUCAUGGCGAGGUACGUCGAACGCAGUGUCAUUGAUUCCUUCGCCCUUGUGACGAAAUAUUGGCAGAUUUGGUGGACAAAAGAUGGGUACUCGCAUGAAGAGCAGGAAGCUUCAAAGAUGCACGAUGGAGCCGUACAAAUCAUAUGGUGGCAUGGGAUCCAAAUGAUCAACAGCUUCUUUGUCUUCCUCACAAAUUUCUCCUGAGCGAGUCGGAGGAGUUCGCCUCAGUUCUCCAGAAGAAUCAUUCAUCUGCCUGGUACAUUCACUGAGAUAUGACCCAAUUUACAGCUGCUGGCUUUUUCUUUUCUCGGUCCCCCAUGCGUCCGAGUCACCAUCAGAGCGGAUGGCCGAGGAAGAAGACAACCCUACCUUCUUCCCUUCCCCCAAGCGUUAAACGAACUCCCAAGCUUUGAUCCAUGUUGAAAACCUCUAACCUUAUGCAGAGUACGUAUUAUGGAAUUCCCGAGUGAUGAGCGAUUGCUCUCACGCCUACCACGAGUGACAAUCCUCUUUUUCAUGGUAAUAGAAGGAAUCAGAAACAUCAAAAUGCACAGAAAGUCCUGGGAGCGAGCAGUCCAAUGAACUCCACAUAUAUCAAGCUAGGUGUCCCCAAUCUACAUAGCUACGAGCAGAAAGAGGAACCCGAGCUAGCUUAGAGGCCCACCGCUGCUGAAAAUAAUUGGUACUGGGCGGGGACAAUCGGUAAGGAGGGAUACAGAUAUGCAUGGAGAUCGAGGAAAAAAGAAGAGGUGCAAGGGAGUUGGAGGUGAAAGCAGAGCAUGAAUGGGAGCAGAUUAGUGGGCAGAGCUUGUCAUUAAUCUUAAUCAAGAGGAAGUAGGGCCAUCGCGGUUGGCAGAAGGCCCAUAUGCGAGUCGCUUUGGCAUGUUUCUACCCCUUCCUCUACUAAAACCCCUCCCCCUCCCUCCCCUUCGUCUCUACCUCCCAUCGCCCCCUCUCUCGCUCUUCUCUCUUUCUAGUCUUUGUCUGCAUCAACUCAAAUACUCUGGUGUUCGGCUGUUCUCACCAACCAAUUCCACUGUAGCAGCUCAUGUCGUCUUCUUUUUGCAGCUGAUACUGGUCCUCAUUUGCCACUUUCUCUGUCACAGAAGAUUCGAUCUUUAUCCUCUUCUCGGCCUGAACAGCUGAAUAGCCGCUCGUACAACUCUUCCGAUGAACCCAAAACUGCUUCUUUCUAUCGUUUAUCUGUUCCUCUCCUGAAAGCUCUCAGAUAAUGUGUGGAAGUCUCCAAUGUCAUUGUGCCAUUCAUCUCUUGUUUGUAUGAAAUUUGCGUUGCAGAUGCAGAAGGCCAGAAAAGCAGUGAAGUUUGCUUGAGGUUGUAAAUGAUUAUCCCAUACUUGAUGGACCCUGUUUGUCCUUAGCUUCUCCCGUGCUACCACUCGGAAACAAUGGAGCCUGUAUCCGAUACGACGAAGACAACCACAGCAAGUCCAUCGAAAAGCUAGCUCGUUGGCCUCAGCAGCCUCAGUGGGACACCUGCGAAGGCAAAAAAAAGAGGUACCGUUUGUGGCACCAAUGGCGGAUCCUCCAAACUCGUCCGACCCAGAAAGCAGCGCAAAUUCCAUGUCUUCCCACUCCUCGGCGUCCUCCUCUUAUUACCCUCCUCUCUCCAAAGCUCUUAAAGAUCGGACAUUUGGCACAUGUAACCAGGGCACCACAGCCUCAAGGAAGCAGGGGAACGGCGUCGGUGGCGCGGCCGCGAAGCGACUGCGGGACCGAAACAGGCACCCGGUGUACCGCGGCGUCCGGAUGCGGAACUGGGGGAAGUGGGUGUCGGAGAUCCGCGAGCCGCGCAAGAAGUCUCGCAUCUGGCUGGGGACGUUCCCCACGCCGGAGAUGGCGGCGCGCGCCCAUGACGUGGCCGCCCUCAGCAUCAAGGGCGCCGCCGCGGUACUCAACUUCCCGGAGCUCGCCGGCACUCUCCCCCGCCCCGCCACUCUCUCCCCGCGCGACGUCCAGGCGGCCGCCGCCAAGGCCGCCGCGAUGGACCCCGGCGAGCGGGCGGAGACCCCAGCAGCGGCCCCGGCGGAGUCCGACGAGCUCGGGGAGAUCGUGGAGCUGCCGCGGCUGGACGACUGCUGCUUCCUCGACUCCGCCGAUUCUGGUGGUGAGUUCCUCUACGACGACCCGGUCGACUCGUGGGCGCUCCCGGUGCCAUGGGUGGAGAGCUCGGAUCCGCUGUGGGCAGCGUCGGACGUUGUCUUCCCGACCAGCUUCGAAGCACUCGUAUGGAAUUGAGGACCAAGCAUGCUUGGUGCUUGUUGAUACCCCCCCCUCUUUCCUUGUACCCUUUAACUUUGUUUUCUCGUGCAGGCCUCUCUUUUUAAGCGCGCUGUUUUCUUGGGUUGUCUCCCGUCGUCCAUUGAUGUUAACAAAAUCCUCCUCUCUCCAAAUGGUGUGCUAUUUUGGGGAAGGAGGAUGAGGUUCUUGGUGUGUGUGAAUAUACAAAUAACUUGUCCUCA